CUCAUUCACCUGGACAUCAGAGAAAGCGCGCGCUCGGUCACUCUUAACAGCUGUCAAUCACCGCGGGCACUCUGGAGAGAGAGAGAGAGUUGAUUUAAUUUCACAGGACAGAUAUUAGCCGUGGAUACACCGCUCCAGACAGACUGAACAAAGUUUGGGAAAAAACUUUUGGAAGAGUUGACUAAAACUUCAGACAGCGCAAGAAAAAGUCUGUUUUAUGUGAUUAAAUAUUGUUUCAUAAUCUUAUAAAGAAAAACUCUGAACAGAACUGAAGCAGAGGAAUCGAUUCAAUUAAAAUGCAUCGCAGGAAAGUCCAUCAAAUUCUCCUGAUGCUGCUAUUGGCUGCUGCUGCGGGGUUUGGCCAGGUGUUGGACCGAACACUCAGUCUGUCCAAUGAAAGGAGCUCGAUAGAAAGAACAUACGAGCUGACCAAAUACCUGGACCACCAGCUGAAAGAAAUCAGAGACACUUAUCUGUCAUAUCUUGGGCCUCCGUUUAGCGACCCAGGCUUUUCCCCUCCGCGUCCAAACAGCUCCUCUCUAUCCGUUCCCAGCGCUGCCACGCGUGUGGACCUGUGGCGUGGCCUUGAGAACGGGGCUCGUCUCGCCCAGAACCAGCGCGCGUACAGCGUUCUCCUCUGUGCCGUGAGGGAGCUGGCGCGCUCCACCCUGUGCCCCUACCUCCAGAGCUCCCUCCUUCACUUCUGCUCCGGCCUCAGCGGUUUGCUCGGCUCGAUAUCCGGUUUGAUGAACGCCCUAGGCUACACUUCACCUCCCAAUGGCAACCUACCAGCCACUCCCGGGCAAGGAUAUGCCCAGCCCAUGUCACAGUUUCAAGGAGUGAUCGAGAACAGCCCCGCCCCCCUGCGUAGCUACGCGCCUCGUAACAGAGGUGGGAGAGAGGGAGCGAGUCGGGCGGACGUAAAACGCGAUAGGGCGGAGAGGGGGCGGAGAGGUAGGAGGAAGGAAGGGGAGAGUUGGGUCGCGAAGGAGGAGGGUGCCAAGGAAGAAGGAAUGGAGAGAUGGGGGAAGAGGAGAAGACUGCUGAGUUUCGAAGAAGAGAAAACAACAAAAGUGAAUUACAUCAAACACACCUAUAAUAACAUGAACCACACGAUUGUAAAAUUCGGGAGCCGAAAGGAGCCCCUACUGUUUUCCUCACCUCGACGUAUAAUGCGCUCCAUCCAGUCAUCUCAUUCAGGCCUGUCUCCUCUGUCCCUCCUCUAUCAGUACGGAGGACAGGCCGCUGAGGUACAUACUUUAUUGGGCGCCCCUGUUUUGUCAUCACAUCCCGUUCCUAAUGACUUCUCAAGGAAGGUGGAGGGAUUCUGGGUACUGCGAGAGCUGCAAAGCUGGCUGUGGAGGUCCGCCAAAGACUUCACCAGACUGAAGAAACGACUACGUGUUUGAGAAUAAACAGUGGCUUUGCUUCAAAACUUAGUGAGUUGCCUUGCAAACAAUAUGUCACAGCACACAAAACUACUAUUCAGUAAUAAACUUAGGGAUGUUUAUAAUCAGCAUUUGUCCACCAUCUUGAACAUACUGAUUUAUUAAACAGGUCCAAUUGCAUUGUGGGAUAGCUUUCCCCAUGAAGAAUACAGGUGAUCGGGGCUUAGAUAUGAAACAAACUUUAGUUUUAAAACUUUCAGUGUUGCCUGUGGAGGCAGCUCACUAGUUUUUGGAACGGAGCAAAGUUAUGUGCGAAACAGAUUGCUUCAUGCUCUGUGGAUGGAGAUCUAAGAACUUUUGAUGGUCACGCUUUGCACUAAAUCACCAAACAGAAAGGACGGCCAGGAGACGCGAUGUACAUCAGAGACAAAGGGAAAAGAGCACCCAUUGAGAACGAGACGUGAUUCAGCAGAAGGAAAGUGAAUCAUGUCUGAAAGCGGGCAGUAGUGAAAGGGUGAACGGGGAAAAGUGUGGGACGUGUGGCGUAACCGAAGAAACAAUGGAGAGUUUUCGCUGCCUCACAAACUGACUCAGUGACGCCUCAUUGGCAUUGACUCGUCUUUUUCCGCGCACAUACGCACACCAACGCAUUCUUUGCAAAAAACAGAUGCAAAAAUCUGAUGUCCACACUGUGUGUGUGUAUUUAUGUGUGUGGACAAACACAAAAGUACCACAAUAUUGUGUGUUUUUGGACAUGGUAAUAUCAUGGUAUGCCUUGGGUUACAAUAAAUGCGAUGGUAUUCAAUUGUUUAUAUCUUAAAACACUAAAAACGUUUUAUGACUUUUAAUACCAUGAUAUUUUUGGAGUGCCAUGUAAAAACAUGGUAUAUGAAUAUCACACACGUGAAAAUUAAGGGGGAGUAAUAUAUAUAUGUGUACAGUGUGUACAGUGUUUUUUGUGUCUGUGUAAAUGUCGUAUUAUCUGUAUGUUAUAUUUAUUUAAUAUUAUUUAUUUCUCUGGGGUAUGACGGUAUGUUGUGAGUUUUUUUUCUUCUUCUAUGAGUACAAAAGACCAUUACUGACUACAAUGUGUGUAUUUGUGUAUGUGUGUGUAGUUUCACCCCUGGAGGAAAAACCAUAGGGACUGAAAGGAUAGUGAGAGUUUUAUUCGACUGUCUGAGUAAAAUUUACGACCACUCCGUCCUUUCAUCUAGUCCCACAUCCUCUCAUCCCUCUAUCUGUCUCUCACGCCUCUCCUCUUCCCAAGUGCUCACCUACCAACACACACACACACACACAUGCACAUACGUGUUUAAUGAGCACAAUGCAUAAGACUUCUGUUGUUUUUGUAGAAUACUAGUAAUGAAUACUAUAACCUAACCCGCACCCUGCCUUUGUAAAAUAAAAUAAAAAAUGAUUUACAACAUUUUAAUAGCAUUUUACAAAUGAGGACAUCCCCAAAGGGAAAUUUUACUCAGGUUUUGUCAGGUUUUGGGUACAAAUUUCUUCCCAAAAUAGGCCUAUAGUUAACUUGGCGCGCACACACACAUGGUCAACAUUCAUAUACAGGAAACAAACAAAUGUCACAUUUCACACAAACACAUCUCCGUACAAACAAACACACACACAUGAAUGAUUGUAGGUGAACAAACAUUCAGGUGCUUAAUGAUUCUUCUCCUCGGGCCAUGUGUGGGGUAAAAUUAAAGGAUCAAUGAGAAUCGGUCUAUCCCUUUGAGCAACACACCUGCACUAUAGUUAUCACAACCACACCCACACGAACACAGGGGUGUGACACGUUCUUUAUGUGCAAUUAUCACAAAUUACGGGAAAAGAUGAGUUCGGCGAGGAGGAACGGGCGCGUGCGCACGCACACGGAGGCGCGUGGUUUGAGACUCAGAGAAAUGCGUAAUGCAGAGUCCGUUCGACUUUGGCCCCUAAAUGGAUGACCACACAUUGCCAACAAAGGCUGCAUUGUGCGCCUAUGUGUGUGUGUCAUCAUGUGUGUUACUAAGUCUGAGUGUGUGUGUGUGUUAAUCACAUUGGUACUUCUGCGAGUCUGUUUAUGUAUCCGCGCGACUGUAAAGUAGUUUUAUUUGUUUUAGUU